AGGUUGCCCAGUAGGAAGCCAUGCUUGGAUAUUAAUAGCCAUGUUUCAACUAGCCAUGGAUUUCUCCACCUGUGAAUCUGUAGCCCAAGGCCAAGGGUUUAGGCUCUGGCAGAGGCCAUCUCACCGGCACAGAUUGUCCCAUAGUCCUUUGUGGAGUUUUAAAAAUGGACAGCAGCUGCGUAUUCUCAGUCCUUUCUGGAACCAGGCUUCUUUUCAUCCUGAAUGGUCUGAUCAGCAAAUACAAACAUAUCAUUCCAAAAGGCCACACAAAACCACAGACCAGUUUUCAGGCUUUCUUUCUAAAAGCAUGCAGUCUCAGCGCUCUACUGCAGCAAAAUCAGCCCCUUCCAUUGCAGAUGGGAACAAGAGGAGUACAGAGCAGCAGACUCAUUUGAAAAGGGGGAAAAGGCACCUCCGAGAAAGCAGUUUUGAUCACAGAGACAGCAGGCCCACCACACUGCCUGAAGUAAUUAUAUGGGGUCCAACAGGAGAUGAGGACUCCGUAGAAACCAGUACGUUCCCCGGGAAUUAUGGCACCACCACCACCACCACCACCGCCACUUUACAAACAAGAACAACUACUGUGGCAACCACCACUACUACUACCACUUCCACGACUGUACAGUUUAAAGGGUUCACAGCAUCACCUGGGCCAGGGAGUAAAACACACAAGAACAACCCUGGCAGGAUUAGCACAACAGAGCCUCAUUCCAUCCGCAAUAGUGAUGAGAGGGAUGCUACAGCGCCAAAAGACAAUUCAGGUCUGGCAGUCCAUCAGAUUAUCACCAUCACAGUGUCUCUCAUCAUGGUCAUAGCUGCUCUGAUAACAACUCUUGUGUUAAAAAAUUGUUGUGCACAAAGUGGUAACCCCAGGAGAAACAGCCACCAGCGCAAAAUCAAUCAGCAGGAGGAGAGCUGCCAGAAUCUGACGGACUUCACCCCAGCUCGUGUGCCCAGUAACCUGGACAUAUUUACAGCUUAUAACGAGACACUGCAGUGCUCCCAUGAGUGUGUCAGGACAGCUGUGCCUGUGUACACAGAGGAGGCAUUGCACUCACCAGGGGAUUAUAAAACAACAUUCAAUGGAAACAGGAUUCCGUUGGUGAACCUGUAAAAAACAAAACAGACAAAAAUAUUAAUGGGUUACCUGUACCUACCUGUACCUUCUGUUUACUGGUAGGAGACUAAAAGAGCAGCACUCUAUGGGCCAAAUAUAUUUUUAUAAAAAUGAACAUGCCUAUAGGUAACUGCAUUUUCAAAGAGCGCAUUUUUUUGAAGAAGAGAAAAAAAUGUGCAAGCAAAGAAUCUCUGUGAAGAAGGAUGAAGUCAAGAAGAAAUGAGGCAAAGGACCGAACAUCUGAAGUUUGGGAUAUGGACUGUGAUUCUGAACCUGUGCCAAUAAUACCAUUAUGUGCCAUGUACUGAUGUGAAAGACUUCGCAGCAAGCCGAAGCUAAGUGAAUUACACAUAGACAUAUUACAGAAAAUAGGGGUGGGGUAUCUCUUCUGAUAGAGUCAAUAUUUCUGGUCAAUAUACAUAUAUACAUAUAUAUAAAUAUAUAUAUAUAUAUACAACACACACACACUUUUUUGUACUGUAGCAAUUUUUGAAGAUCUUAAAUGUUCAUUUUUAAAAAAGAAUUGUGUCAUGGGCUACAAAUCUGGUUUCCUUAACAUGCUUAGUAUGAACUAAAUAACCUGAUGUUUUCUACUUCG